AUGGCACCCACCACUGAUGGUGGAUCUGUUGGGGAUCCUCAUUUCAAAACCUGGGCCGGCGAGUGGUAUGACUACCAUGGUGUUUGUGAUCUAGUGCUGCUCAAACUCGAGGACUUUAACAAUGGACAGGGCAUGGACAUUGUCAUUCGUACCGCUGCUCGGGGUUCCUUCUCUUACAUUGAAUCUGCUGCCAUUCGUAUUGGGCAAGACAUUUUGGAGGUCACUGGAUGGGGUGCUUAUGCCGUCAACGAAGUUGAAUAUGCUGAUUUGCCUCUGGAUCUUGGAGGCUUCAAACUUGAAAAGUGGUGGAGCAAUGCAAAGAAACACGUCUUUAUGAUUCAUUUGGAUGGUGGUGAGCACAUCAAGAUCAGCACGAAAAAGGAGCUGGUCAGUGUCAAGGUGGAGAAUGCCACCGAGGCAACCUUUGGGGCUUCUGUCGGCUUGAUGGGAUCCUACAAGGGGGGUGUUUGGCUGGCACGUGAUGGUAAGACUGUGGUCACGGAUCCCAUUGCCUUUGGAGAAGAAUGGCAGGUGACAAAAUCAGAGGGGCAGCUUUUUCAAACAGAUAGAUUCCCACAAUUCCCAGAAAAGUGCUACCUACCACAAGCAUUGCGAACAGGACGUCGUCGUCUAGGUGAGGCAGCGGUUCUUGAAGAUCAAGCCAAAGCUGCAUGUUCCCACUGGGAUGAUGAGCACAGGGAUCUCUGUGUUUUUGACGUCUUGGCCACUGGAGAUUUGGAGUUGGCAGAAUCAGGUUCUUACUUUUAA